UGUGGCCUUAAUUAUAGGAAAGGAAAGGAGGAAGUAGAUUAGACAGAACUGAUGUUAGAGAAAAUGAAGAGAGUGAAAAUGUCUGAGGUUCCAACUCAGGUUAUUGGAAGAAUGGUACCGUUUAGAGCACAUCCACGGAAGCUUUAUCUUUGGCAUGUGGGUUACUUUGCAGCAGAAGUUCUUAGUCUUUGGGGGAUUUGUAAUCUUUGGUGAAAUACAGAAGUCUGGCCUGGAAAAUUUCUACAUGCACCUCUGUGUUCUGGUUAUAAUUUGAGAGAGUCCAUGGGCCACCUGAAGCUCAUCCAUGGGCCCAGUGGGUGGGCCUGGAAGCCGCUCUCAGAACUGCUGAUAGCUUUAAACAAUAGAGCCUUCACAUCCUUUCCGUUAUUGCUAAGACCCCCUGGAGACAGGCUGUGUACACAACUAGGGAUCCUUGUGUUGUGGUUUGAUUAACGUGUGUUAUUUGCUGCUAUAUUACAGAACAAACUAGCCCAAGAGAUUAAAUGUUUGUCCUAAGUAUACCAGUUAGCAGGAGGGUAAGAUGGAAUCAGGAGUUGCUUUCUUUCUCGGAUGAACAUAUUUGCAACUGAUUUGCCAUCAUUGGGUGUAGUUACUGCGUCCGAGUGACCUCAUCAGUGAGGACUAGAUGGUCCUGGAGGUUCUUUCCAGUUAACAAUUUGUGGUUCUUGGCUCUUAGGUGUUCACCGGACUCUCUGUGUGGACCUCCUUGUUUCCCUGUGCCGCAGCGCUCGUGAGGCUGGGGGAUGAAUUGGAUGUAUGGAGAGCAGGCUAAGCUUCCCCAGCACCUGACACAUGCUGUCCUGUCUUGUCCCCGAGAAGUUUCCUGUGGAUUCACCUUGCCUUCUGGACUCAGCCUGAAGCUGGGGCUCUCUCCUCCAGUUCAUCUCCGUACUAGACUAUGAGCCCCUUGAAAGGAGGAGCCGUGUCCUACUCAUCUCUAGGUCCCCAGCAUCCCAUGCGGUUCCUGCUGCACAGUUUAAGCUGAAUUUUGGGACAUGGCCACUGCUUCACCAAGGGCUGAUACUAGUAAUAACCACAGUGGAAGGUUACAGUUACAGGUAACUGUUUCUGGUGCCAAACUAAAGAGGAAAAAGAACUGGUUUGGAACAGCAAUAUACACAGAAGUAGUUGUAGACGGAGAAAUUAAGAAAACAGCGAAAUCCAACAGUUCUUCUAACCCCAAGUGGGACGAGCAGCUGACUGUAAGUGUGACCGCGCAGAGCAUGCUGGAGUUCCGGGUGUGGAGCCACCACACGCUGAGAGCAGAUGCCCUGCUGGGAAGGGCGGCCGUGGACCUGAAGCAGGCUCUGUCAACACACAACAGAAAGUUGGAGAGAGUGAAAGAACAUUUGAAACUCUCCCUGGAGAGCAAGAGCGGCGUGGUGCAGACGGGAGAGCUGACGGUGGUGCUGGACGGGUUGGCAAUUGAGCCAGAUAAUCCGAGGAGCUGCAGCCCACCCCCAGCCAUUUCUUUCUCUUGUUCAGUAGAAAUUCAGCAAAAUGGUGAUGCCUUACACGGACAUGGAGAGCCUUCCACCAGGACAGCAGCCAGGCUGGCUGCUGAAGGCCUGGGUGGAGUAGAUAACCACGUUCCCGCCCAUACUGCGGCGCAAAACUGCUGUUCGCGCGUAGUGAACGGAGACAGUGCGCCUCCGUCUCCGUCUCAGGGUGAGGCCAGACCUCGAAACACACCGGCUCCCAAACCACGCACCCUGGAGCCCAGCGGCGACACAGUUAAUGGAGACUCAUCCUCACCUACACCGGCUGACAGUGCUCCCUCUGGGGGGGUCCCUGAGGACAGUGCCCCGUCGUCAGCUUGCACUGGAACUUCUGGAGAGGAGGCCCUGGGUCCAGAAGCGCCAGCGGCCUUGGAGCACAGCGACAUCCUCUCUGACAGCACUGCACUUGGGGCCGGGGCCGGCGGGGACCUCGACCCUGUGGCCUCCACCUCUGGAAGCAGUCCUGCCUUCGAAGCUGCCAAGUCCCGGCAGCCAGGCGGGAGUAUGGAGCCUGGGAGGAACACCAGCACGGAGAGCCUGCCCUCGGGGUGGGAGCAGAGGAAAGACCCUCACGGGAGAACCUAUUAUGUGGAUCAUAACACUCGAACGACCACGUGGGAGAGGCCACAGCCCUUACCCCCGGGCUGGGAGAGGAGAGUGGACGACCGUGGCCGGGUGUACUACGUGGACCACAACACCCGGACGACCACGUGGCAGCGGCCAACGCUGGAGUCGGUGCGGGACUUCGAGCAGUGGCAGUCGCAGCGCAGCCAGCUCCAGGGCGCCCUGCAGCAGUUCAACCAGCGCUACCUCUACCCGGCCUCAGUGUUAGCUGCAGAAAGUGACCCGUAUGGGCCUCUGCCACCAGGCUGGGAAAAAAGAGUAGAUUCGACAGACAGAGUUUACUUCGUGAACCAUAACACAAAAACCACCCAGUGGGAAGAUCCAAGAACUCAGGGCUUACAGAACGAGGAGCCGCUGCCCGAGGGCUGGGAGAUCAGGUACACACGGGAGGGUGUGCGGUACUUCGUCGACCACAACACCAGGACGACCACUUUCAGAGACCCGCGCAAUGGGAGGUCAUCCGUAGCUAAAGGUGGGCCACAGAUCGCUUACGAACGCAGCUUCAGGUGGAAGCUUGCUCACUUCCGUUACCUGUGCCAGUCGAACGCACUACCCAGUCACGUCAAGAUCAACGUGUCCAGGCAGACACUGUUCGAGGACUCCUUCCAGCAGAUCAUGGCAUUGAAACCCUAUGACCUGAGGCGGCGACUCUAUGUGAUCUUCCGAGGGGAAGAAGGACUGGACUAUGGUGGCCUGGCCAGAGAAUGGUUUUUCUUGCUCUCGCACGAAGUCCUGAACCCCAUGUACUGCCUGUUCGAGUACGCGGGCAAGAGCAACUACUGCCUGCAGAUCAACCCGGCCUCCACCAUCAACCCCGACCACCUCUCCUACUUCUGCUUCAUCGGCCGCUUCAUCGCCAUGGCUCUUUUCCACGGAAAGUUUAUUGAUACUGGUUUCUCUCUACCGUUCUACAAGCGCAUGCUGAGUAAAAAACUGACGAUUAAGGAUUUGGAGUCCAUUGAUACUGAGUUUUACAACUCCCUCAUCUGGAUAAGGGACAACAACAUUGAGGAAUGUGGCCUAGAAAUGUACUUUUCUGUGGACAUGGAGAUAUUGGGGAAAGUGACCUCUCACGACCUAAAGCUGGGUGGGGCCAACAUCCUGGUGACCGAGGACAACAAGGACGAAUACAUCGGCCUGAUGACCGAGUGGCGCUUCUCGCGCGGCGUGCAGGAGCAGACCAAGGCCUUCCUGGACGGCUUCAACGAGGUGGUGCCCCUGCAGUGGCUGCAGUACUUCGACGAAAAGGAGCUGGAGGUGAUGCUGUGCGGCAUGCAGGAGGUGGACCUGGCCGACUGGCAGAGAAACACCGUGUACAGACACUACACCAGGAACAGCAAGCAGAUCAUCUGGUUUUGGCAGUUCGUGAAGGAGACAGACAAUGAGGUGAGGAUGCGUCUGCUCCAGUUCGUCACGGGGACCUGCCGCCUGCCCCUGGGAGGCUUCGCCGAGCUCAUGGGAAGUAACGGGCCUCAGAAAUUUUGCGUUGAAAAAGUUGGGAAAGACACCUGGUUACCAAGAAGCCACACGUGCUUUAAUCGCUUGGAUCUACCGCCGUACAAGAGCUACGAGCAGCUGAAGGAGAAGCUCCUGUUUGCGAUAGAAGAGACAGAGGGGUUUGGACAGGAAUGA